CUGCCGUUCGAGUGGACGUCUUGCUAGUUGGCGCUUCCCCUGAAAAACACUCACGAAAUCAUUCGGAACUCUUGUGUUGAGUGAGUUAGUGAAUUUUAUGUUAAUCUAACAAUUUCUGAGACUCAGUGACUUGUGUUUGUCAGCGUUGGAAUAGUUAUCAUUUCUUUCGAGGCUAAUGGAUCCCAGUAAGACGAGUUGAGCUUCGGAGUGAAACAUGACGCUCGCCGCCAUUGCAUUUUGGCGCGAAAUGCCAAUCGCUGUCACAUUUGCCUUUGUGGCAAUGGUAUGCGUCGUUUCAGCCAGGGACAUUGUCUUGGAUGACUCCUACACAGUGAUAGAAGCUGCCUCGAAUGAGAGGAUACGUCUUAUCUGCGGUCUCAAGCCCAGAAACCAAGUUCAAGGUGUGAGGUGGUUCUUCGACGGGAAACCUUUAGACGCCCAGACAAAAAACCGAUUGGUUCAACAGCGGCAAUACUUGAGAAUUAAAGGUUUCCGUCCUAACUUUGCUGGAGUGUACGCCUGUCAAAACGAGGAAGACAACUCUAGAGAAGUCAGUGUCACCAUCAAACAUAGACCUGAGCCAUAUCCAGAUAACAUUGAUGAAUACCAGGCUGAUGAUGUUCACCAAUUAAUGCCAGAAAUUCUCUCUCAGCAUGCAGCCCAAUUAGUUGAUAACAAUACGAUAGAAGAAAACUCCACUGACCCUAAAUAUGAUAUCAAAGAUGAUGAUCCUGAUGAGAGGAGUGAAAAAGAUCAUCUGAAUUAUGGACACGUUGAUGAUACUAAAUCGAAAUAUGCACCGAAAUUCAAACAUCCGCUAAAGAUGUUCAACAUGGAAAUGAAACCGGCUGGAAGUUCAAUUAGGUUCAAAUGUGCCGCUGAAGGUAACCCCAUGCCAAACAUAACGUGGUAUAAAAAUAAUGGGACGCCGAUAUCCAGAAGUUACUUUAAGCCAUCUUAUGGAAAGUGGUCUAUGGCUUUAGACGAACUUACAAAAGCUGAUAAUGGGAACUAUACCUGCAAAGUUUGCAAUGAUCUAGGAUGUGUUCAACACACUUAUAUUUUGCAUAUACAAGAGCGUUUAUACGCAAAGCCAGUGCUAACUCAAGCCGCUGUUAACCAGACGAAACUCGUUGGCCAAACAGCAAAGUUUAGCUGCGAAUUCCUAUCUGACUUACAUCCUUCAGUUUAUUGGAUGUAUUUCAACAAACACGAGAAUGUCUAUAAUGAGUCCACAAUUGACGCGUCGAGUAAAGAGUCCGUGGUUUAUAAAGACGUUACUAAAAUCGUUGUGAGUGAAAAUCCUGAAGACAAGCCAGAACAGUUAACAAUAUACAACGUGACGAAAGAGGACGAGGGUUGGUAUGUGUGUGUGGCACUGAAUACCCUGGGAAAUACAACCGCUAAAGGAUACCUUACUGUCGUUGACUCAUAUCCAGUACCGGAAGCAUUGGACCACGGUAAACACACGCUACUGACCAACAUCUUAACAGCGGUGCUAGGUGCGAUGUUCUUCGUGGCAGCAAUCAUUGUGGUGAUGAUCUUCAAGAAGCUGAAGCAAGAGAAGUUGAAGAAGCAACUUGCCUUGGAAACGGCGAGAGCUGUGAUCGUGACACAUUGGACGAAGAAGGUCACGGUUGAGAAGCCACAGUUGAAUGGAUCGCCAACUACGACUGGGGAAGCUUUGUUGAUGCCAGUUGUAAAGAUUGAGAAGCAGAAAUUAUCUCAAGUGCAGAACCACUCUGACUCUAUGAUGAUGUCAGAAUACGAGCUUCCAGUGGACAUAGACUGGGAAGUACCGCGCGAUUCGCUCACUGUGGGAAAGAUUCUUGGGGAGGGUGAAUUUGGCAAAGUCGUGAAAGCUGAUUGCGUUGGUAUACUAAAACCUGGAAUGCAAUCUAUUGUAGCGGUUAAGAUGUUGAAAGAGGGCCACACUGAUGCUGAAAUGAUGGCGCUGGUGUCAGAGAUGGAGAUGAUGAAAAUGAUUGGGAAACAUGUGAAUAUCAUCAACUUGUUGGGUUGUUGCACUCAGGAUGGACCACUGUACGUCAUUGUAGAGUACGCGCCUAACGGAAACCUGAGAGAGUUCUUGAGAAAUCAUCGGCCUGGUAACAGAUACGAAUCUCCGACAGAAGACUUGAAGGAAAAGAAAACAUUAACGCAAAAGGAUUUAGUGUCCUUCUCAUACCAAGUUGCAAGAGGAAUGGAGUAUUUAGCUUCCAGACGGUGUAUUCAUCGCGACCUGGCCGCCCGUAAUGUGCUGGUAUCGGAUGACUGCGUGCUCAAAAUAGCUGACUUCGGCCUCGCGAAGGAUGUCCACAGCAAUGACUACUACCGGAAGAAGACAGAGGGUCGGCUGCCAGUUCGGUGGAUGGCGCCGGAAUCGCUUUACCAUAAGGUGUUCACCACGCAAACUGACGUAUGGUCGUUUGGAGUAUUGCUGUGGGAGAUAAUGACGCUUGGAGGUACACCAUAUCCCACGGUUCCUGGACAGUAUAUGUACCAGCACCUGAGCGCUGGACACCGAAUGGAGAAACCGCCAUGCUGCAGCCUUGAAAUCUAUAUGUUAAUGCGCGAAUGCUGGUCUUUUUCUCCAAACGAUAGACCGUCAUUCACUGAACUUGUAGAAGACCUAGAUAAAAUAUUAACAGUGACGGCGAACCAAGAGUAUCUGGACCUUGGCCUCCCGCAGUUGGACACCCCACCUUCUAGUUACGACGGCUCUGGUGACGAAAGUGACAGUGAAUUCCCUUUUAUAAAAUAGCAAGAUUGAACGUGUAUCAAACUUUUGCUUUUCCCGCCAAUUUCUUCUAUUGUCUCUGAGCUGACAUACGAACUGUGUAGUUGAAUAAUAUUGACAGUGACAUACACGUAGAAGAAUACUUUGACAUUUCGAUGGUGCGUUUAUUGCGUCUCUUGUGGCGCGAAAACUGUUUGAAUAAUUAUUAAUUAAUUAUUAUGUCAUAUGUAAGUUGGCGUGUGGUAUUUAAACGAAGUAGUUGUCAAUAGUAAUUAAUGAUUAAUGGUCUGAAAAUGUAUAUUUUAAUACUUCAACCAAUAAUGCUUGAUUCAUACAUAAUAACGGGUUAAAACGCCAGAAAAGCCCUCGCAUAGGCGCCAUUUUACAUUUGACAUGGCUUGAAUUUUUAGCGAUAGCUAACAGCCUAGCGAAACUCUAUAUGAAAAAAGUGAUUUAACUCAAUUGUAUGAAACGUGCAGUCAUUGAUAGAUUGACAGAUGACGGCUAUAAUCUUGUAAAAAAUGGAGAUAGCCGAAAUCAACUACGCUUUGAGCAACUGUUCGCUUUCAAACUUAGCCGGAUUAUACUUCGUCGUCAAUCGCCAUACUGUAAUUACUACCAUUUCAAACUUAUGUCAAAUGACUGCACGUUUCAUACUAAACUUUUCAAUUUUUACUCAGGCAGUCCUGCCUCUUAUUACGUCGUAUUUAUAUCCUCUUUGAUAACUAAUUUAUUUGAAUGGUAUUCUAAAACUAGUUAGUAUAAAUAUGCCUUAUGGAAUCUCAGUAUUAAAACAUGUUUAAUUUUUUUUUCUAAUAGAUACUUUUUACCAGAGCGUUUGAAUAGCAUUUUUAAUUUCAAACAUUAAUUGAUUAUUAACAUACUUUUUUAUUUAUCUUAUAAUAAUUAAAAAAAGAACCGUUUACCUUUUUAAAUGCUUUAGGACUGAAUUUCUCUUUUAGAUGUUAUCCAUUAUUUAGAUCUAUAUAUUAAUAAUUUAUUAUAAUCACAAAGUUUCGACAUCAUAUUGGUGUAAAUAAUUAGAGUAGGUAUGAGAAUUUGUAAAUAUGAAUUUAUUCACUAUCAAAUAAUAAAUAAGAUUUUUUUUUAAAUGGUAUUGAUAACUAUAUUAUUAUGUUACAUCUAGUCUAUUUCAUAAUAUUAUUUAUACAAUAACGAAUGCAUUUUGUUCACCAAAUUUUUUGUACUUAACUAGUUCUAAGACUUAUUAAGCUUUGCAAUAUUAUAUACCUAAUGUUAUAUGAAAAUUAGUGAUUACGAAUAUUACGCACUAUUUUGCUUAUAUUAAGUGGAAUUUCUGUUAUUGUGAACUUAUUAGCUUAGAUCAUUUAAAUACGUCUAUCUAGAUAGACUGUGACAGUGUGUGAAAACGUCAAACAAAAUAGAGGUUAACUGUUGACCUCUAUUUUAAAGUGACAUACAAAUUGCGAGUGUUAGACGUAGCUUGUCACGCACAUUAAAGUUAUAAACCUGGCCUGUUUUCAUCGGUUGUCUUGCAGCAUGAGGCUCUAUCUAGGCGUAUUAAUUAUCUAAGCUUAUUAGACGUUUAGUGUAAAUAUAUGUGGAAAGAGAAUUAAAAAAAAAAACAAUCAAAAGGGUAAAAAAGUAAUUCCAUACUAAUCCCACACUUGAAUAAGUCCAACCCAUUUACGCAAGUUGAAAAUCUAUUAUCAAUUUUGUUUUCAACUUUAAAGAACAAUUGUUUUAAAAAUAUCACGAGGACAUGAUAUUUUUUCUGUCGAAGUAGUGCUAUAAUUAAUAUUAUGUAAAUUUAAAUUGUAAUAACUAAAUACAAUUUAUCCACACCAAUCUUUACAAACGUUUAUAAUAAAUAAUUAAUAAUUUGUUUUCGAAUAUUUUAUUUUAUGACUAAGUUCUCUUUAAGGUGUAAAUGUUAAUGAAUUAUCUAAGUAUUUUAUAAACUUUUCUCUUUGAGUAACUCGUGUGAAUGAAUAUUUUAUAGACGUUAAUUUAUAUAUUGGUAAAAAGAUUUCAAUAUAAUAAUUAAAUAAAUAUUUUUUUCUGCGUCAGUAAAUGAAAUCAUGACUAUAUAAUUGUAUUAAUUUCAAUGUGUCCCCUUUAAAGUGACUGUGAAAGCUGUGAACACGUCAUAAAAUAGCGGCGAAUUGUAAGCCUCUAUUUUUAAAAACGGACGCACACUAACCAUAAGUGAUGACGUAUCGUGAUUGUAAGACGCAGUUUAUCAUGCACUCUAAAAUAGUAAACCUGGCCUGAUAUCAUCCGUUGCCUAACAGCACGAGUCUCUAUCUAGACGUGUAAAUUAUCUUAGACUAUGGCAUUAUCUUGUGAAGAGUAUUUUCAAUGCUUAUUUUUUAAACUUAAUUUCGAACAACUCUCUAAAUUCUGCACGAGUUACUUUCUUGUAUGUGUAUAUUAGUUGAAUUGUAUUAUGAUUGGUAUAUUAAGUUAAGUUAUGUUGUAGGAUGUAUGUGAACUGUGAAUAAAUUGUGAAUUCGGAUGAA